AUGAAACUUUUUAUAUCAUUAUAUAAGGAUUGUAAUAAAAAAUAUAUAUAUACAAAUGAAAUAUAUAAUAGUUUUUUUAAUUUAAAAAUUAAAAGAUCUUUAGCUCAACAUGGUAAAAAGGAAUCUAUGAAUCGUGCCUUAACAAGAAAUAGUUUAACAAAAGAAACAAGAUUAAAUGAUAAAUUGUCAAAACGAAAUAAUGAAAUUGAUACAGAUAAAAAUGGACACAAUAUGUAUGAAAAUUUACAGGAUCAAAAAGAAAGGAAUUAUGGAGUAAAUAAAACAUUAAAAAAUGAAUAUGAAAAAUACAAUUUAAAGAAUACUUCAUCAAAAUCAAUUCAUUGCAUGACAAGAUUGAAGAACUGGUUAUACAGAAAAAUCUUUAAGGAAAGUAAUUUUUGGAUAUAUAUGUCAACAUUUACAGGUGUAUUCGGAGGUGCUGCAGGUGUUAGCAUGUUUUCUACCAUAUGUGUAGCUGGUGCAACUACUGUAGCUGGUGCAACUGCAAAACUUGCAACUUCUCUUCUUCCGGCAUUUGGUGGUCUUUGGGGUGUCUUUGCGUUUCUUAUAAUAUUAUUAAUUUUAGGAACAUGGAUGCUUGUUACAUGGUUAUGGCAACACAAAGAAGUAUAUAAUGAAACAUGUGGAAAAUAA